UUUUUCAAUUUUCCAGAAGUGUGGGUACCCACAAGUAAGAAUUUGCAUUUACAAUAUGUUCAAUGACAACUAUCACUGCUUCUUUUCAGUGGUAUGAAUAGUAAAAAUGUCUAUAAUCAUGCACGAUUCAUAUAGUCACGCGGAACUUUAGGCAUCCUUGAAAUAUACUUGCAUCAUCAAGAAACUUUUGUGCAAUUGCCAAAACACUGUCAGCAUGGCUUCAAAAAACUUGAUGGAGUUUGAGCAAGCCAUGAAAUAUAUGGAACCCAUGGAAGUGAACGAUUAUCUUCAAAAAACACUGGACUUUUUGAAAAGAAACAACAGUGAAGUAUACUUUCCCUCCAUCUCGCCUUACGUCGAGGGGUUCUUGGUGAAUUUGGUCACUGAUACAAGAAAUUUGAAGAGCAAGGCCUUCAAGGUUCAGGACAGAGUUCUUGCCGAAGAGAUAAUCGGAGUCCUGGAGAUGUCCCGGGAGGUGUUUAGGUGGACACAUGCUUAUGAGAAUGGAAACCUCUUAGUGUACAAAAAGAUAUUUUCUAAUAAGAUUAAGAAAAAGCCAAUCAAGCUGAGGGCUUUACUGCUUGAAAAAGUACCCAAGAAUGGCAACAAAUCAAAAAAAGAUAAAGAAAAACCUAACAAUAAAGUUAGUGAGAAAAAGAAUAAAGAUGAAACACACAAGGCCAAAAAUGUGUCCAAUAGUCCGCAUAAAGAAAAUCAAGAUUCUAAUAUUCAGACUGAUCAGUCUCUAGCCAACAGUUUUCUUGAUCCAUAUUACGCCGACGCCGCUACCACUAUCCCUUCUCUGAGCCUCCUUUCACAUAUAACUGAGAAAUUCUUCACCAAAACGGUGGUCGCUCUCACAGAAUUUGCGGACAAUGAGAAUAGCAAGAUGAAGACGUUCAGUCACCUUUCGGAGGGAGAGGUCGAGUUCGUGAAGGAGGUUUUAUCAUUUGCAGAAACCAUAACGGUGCGAAACAUGUUGAUGCCGAAAUACCGCAUGUUACUGUGGAAACUGGAUCGUGUCGUAAAGGAGGCGAUUAAAACUUGCGAAUUGACUUAUACCGUCAUUGAGAAAGACAGAAGUAUAACAUGGAUUAAAAUCCAAAAAUCGGCUGGAGCCCUUUCAACAUCCCCAGACAUCGAAUCUUCGGCCCUUCCACCACUAGAGCUUCUCACAAACAUAACGGAGCCAUUCUUCAAACAAACUAUUAUUCGUUUAACGGAGUUUGCGGACGAUGCGAGGUUCGUGAGUCGCACUUUCAGGCAACUGAAGGAAGAAGAAAUAUUCUUUAUUAAGAAUAUUAGACAGUUGGCAGGGUCCACCAAGGUCCGCGAAUUGUUCGACCCGCAGUACCGGGACCUGCUCUGGAGGCUCAACUACAGUAUCAAUGAAGCUGCCAACAUCUGUAAGAUAACUACGAGCGUCAACGACAAGGAGAGAAGCAUAACUUUAAAGAAAACGCCAAAAUUUGCUACACCAGCUCCAGUGCCACCAAAAGUCCAGCCAAACGUUUCAACGGGAGCCAGAAGCAAAUCGAUGGUGCCGAUGAAAGCGAGGGACCGAUCUUUGAGUAGAGACAGAUUAAUACAGUUCGAAAAAGGCGGGAAGCCUACCACAGACGUCAUAGACUUGACCACAGACAAGGAAUCAGUGCAAGAGCGCGGCCGCAGCUUGAGCAGGCGGACGGCGAAGCUGCUUGAAGACUUGUCUACGCCUGUCGAGAGCGACAUCGGGAUGAGGAUGAUGAUGAUGAUGGGGUGGCGGGGCGGAGCACUGGGGGCUCGCGGCGACGGCAUCAUGGAGCCCGUCAUGCCGAACAUCGACCAGCCCAAACGAGGCGGGCUAGGUCACGUGCCACCUCCUAAAGUGGUGCCUCGCAAGCCGAUCGACUUCCGGUUGAUGCUGCUGCAUAACCUGCUCGACUUCCUGUUACAUGACGAGUGGAAGAAGGAGAUCCUGUUCAAGGAGCCCCUAGUAGAAAGAGAGCGCAAGUUCUUCCAGAGCCUCCUGACGUCAGUGAACGGCCGCCACAAGAUACAACUUACGGAGAAAGAAAAGGAGUACAUAGCGAGAAUAUACAGCAGGCUAGCGGACUACCCUACUAUGGAGCUUAGAGGAGACAUCUCUAAAGAUCUCAAAACAGUGACCCUACAGAAGCUCCUAGACCGUCCGCUGCGGGCGCUCAACAUCAAAAUACCAAAACCGAAGACCCUUCAGACCCAGCCUCCCCCCCAACCAACCCCUACUGCCCCCAAUGAUAAGGCGGACAUAGAAGUUGUCAUCACUAGAGAUGAUGUGUCGAGGGUCAUACCGCACAUAGAUAUCACUCAGAUGGAAGUCGCGGCUACUCCACAGGCAAUCAGGAAGAGAGCCCUACGGUUGGUGUUUCUAACGAAACUGGCUGAAGCGCUGAGCUGGGACUGGUGGGAUCAGAUUACGUUCAAAUACGAGGAAGGUGGCAUCGCAAUGCCCAUAAGAACUUUCUUCCUCAGUGUGGUGGUGCACCUCAACAACAGGGACCGGUGCCUCACCCUGUUUGGCGCUGAGGCCCCGCUGUUCGAGGCCAUGUUGGGGCCCUUGUUGGAGGCCAAGGGGGCACGGGGGCUCGCUGUUGAAUUUAAGCCGCCCUCAAAAUUAAUACUUAGCAGGACGCGAAUUAUUAAAGAAGAGAGCCUGCCUAAUAAUUUUGCUAAACUCAAAGUCAGUGACAAAAAUAACGACAGCAAUGUCAAAUCAAACAACCCCCAUGAAAAGGAAACUUCAAAAGAAUUAAAUACCACCAAUGUUAUUGAAAAUGUUGAUAAUUCAAAAGUUAAAGGGAUUGCGAGAGAUGACCUUGAAGAUACAGCUAGCGCUAUUGGCGUAAACAUUAAAGAUAAUAUAAUAAAUAAGAAAUCUGCUAAAAGCGAUGGACUAGAUGAAAGCAUCAUAUUUAUUCACGCAAUCGAGAAUGAACCGAAAGCCGUAACUAGAAAAGAGGUAGAUAUGGACGUUAAUAAUAAUAAAGAUGAUUAUUUGACUCAAAUACGCAAUGAAAAUGCUCUGGGAAGAACAAGUCCUGGGACUAAUAAUGUUGAAAAUAAAACCGUUAAUAAUCAUACUAAUAUAACUAUUCGGAACGAUAAUUUAAAAGACAUAAAAGUAGAAUGCGAUAGUCAAAAUUUGAUUGAAUCCACCGAAACUCAAAUAGAAGGAUUGGAGAUUAAAAUUGAAACCGAUGAUAAUGUAGAACGUAAUGAAGAUAAGGGAAAUUAUAUUUUGAUGAAUAUUGAAGAAAUUAAGAAGGAAAUGACUGAUUAUGAAGCUGAUAAUCUUAAUAUAGCGGGACUGUCUGAUUUAGAUAAAGAUAUACGGGAUUUAGAGAUGACUAUUUUAAAUUCAGAAGCUGUUGCCUGUCAUGUGAAGACAGAAAAUUAUUCUAAUGAUGCCAGUGAUUUUGAAAUGGCGCUGUCAGAGACUGAUCUCAGCUUUAUAAUAAAGCAAGAAAACGACGAUUCUAAUAUAAGUGGUAAACGAUCUCACAGUAACUCAAUUUGCUCACAAGAAUUGGACCCGAAAAAAACUAAAAUCAACACAGAAUGUGAUGAAAAUGUAGUGAUAAUUAAACCAAAGAAUCCAGACGAGAUAAUGACGGAAGAUAUGAUAAAAGAAGUACAAAUAGUAAUGGCUAAAGAACUAGAUAAAACCGGUGGGUUUCUACCGCUACUUAAAUGUCAUGGCGUUCAAAAUGGCGGACUGGUAUAUAGUUGCCAUGACGAAGACGAUGUUGCCUGGAUGAAAAAAGUAAUCAAUGAUGCCAACUUAGAAUUAAAAAUAGUUAAUAAUAAAGAUUUUGGUUUAAGGAAAAGUAGAGAGUUGCUUAUCAAAAUUAACAGUUACAUUCCUUUGGAUACUAAGAAAAUAUUUCGUAAAUUGGAAAUUUACAAUGUAGGGUUAGAUACUAAAUUUUGGAAAGUUUCAUACAAAGAGGCAUCUAGUACCUUUGUAUUGUUUAUAGUUACUGUGGACGAGAAAUCUUUCAAGUAUAUUUCAGAUGAAAAUUUCUCUCUGUACUGUGGUAUAGAUAAAGCUCAAUUUAGUGUUAUUUAUUAAAUUACCUCGAUGUACCUGAUUUAUGUAAGUUUAACACUACCUCGCCAUAUUGUUAAGUAAAGAAUAUAUUUUAUUCUUAAGUGGCCCACUGAUUAACAGUCCGCCAGACGGUAUCGGCCUGUCAGUUAGAACAAAAUUUUGACAGUUCCGAACAACUGACAGGCCGAAACCGUCCGUCGGACUGUUAAUCAGUGGGCCCCUUUAAACAGUUGUAGUCUGUUGGUAUAUUAAAUAAAUAAUAUACAGUUACUAGUGUUAUUUGGGAGCAAAUACAAAAGGUAUUUAUAAUGACAAUACUUUGCAUUUAACUGUGACCCACAGCACAGAGACAUUUAAAGUCUACUGUAAAAAAAAAACAAGCAGCAACACCUUAACUAUACAUUGGUGGACCUAUUACCACAGAAUAAAUAGUACUAGGUACAGAAGACUCACUCAACAAAGCGCGUCUGUUACGAUCAGGACAGAUAUGGCCGCUAGGUGGCGACAGCGCCACGCGCGGCUUAUGGCUAGCCACCAAAAUUGGUGUGGAACGGAUGUACUUUUAGCUACCUGUAGCAAAGCGACUAAAUCGCGGAGUGCUAUUACAAAAGGCAUAAGGUCCAC